AUUUUUCCUUUUCUUUCAGGUUGAUGUGUGAAUUUUUGUAGAACCUAACAUGGUCAUUACUAAGGAACAUUGGCUACCUUCUGAGGAAGAGCUUACUGUGGAAGAGGUAAAGAUUGGCACACCCGCACUUCGUGCAGGAUCGUUUCAGUAUGGGAAGUACUGUGAGGAUGUGAAUAAUGAGUUCAUGCUGUGCCGACUGGAAGAGAAAGAUCCAAGGAAAUGCUUGGGUCAGGGCAAGGAAGUGACUGCUUGUGCCCUGAAGUUCUUCCGCUUGGUCAAGAAGCAUUGCCAGGAGGAGUUUCAUCAGUAUGCCAACUGCAUUGACAAGUCUUCGGUGGACCUCAACCCUCGAUAGAAGACACAGGCAGUCUACGACAAAUGCAUCUUAGAAAAGCUUGGGAUAGAACGCCCAGAGUUUGGAUACUUCUGCAGGGCAAAGGUGCAUGAGACGGAUAGACCUCGGCCUGCUCCCUUUCCCAGAAAGCCUUUUGAUGAUGCACCCAAUGAGUUACCUCCAGAUUAUGCAAGACCUGAUGCUGCUCAUGGAGGACGUGUUCUUUGGGGCAACUAGUUCAGAACAUAGGCUCCUUUGUUGUGGAGUGAAGGUUGCAAAAAGAAGUAGUUCUGUUUAUGUGAUGUCAUUGCGAAUGCAAUAUCUAUAUAAAAGGAAACCCAUUGAUCAG